AUGUCACACAGUGCCGUCCAGGACCAACCAGGCAAUGUCCCCGCGUCAACUGAAACCACUGAGGCUGAUUUCUCUACUUUUCGAUCCUUUGUUCCUCUCGUUGCGGACAACAAGGUUACAUACCUCAAUGCCUCCUAUCAACCACCCUCCAACCUCAUAGUCUACAGCGCCAUCAACAAGUAUGCCUCCGAAGCCCUUUUCGACCCUCAUCCCAAACCGUCCUGGCAACAUGCUGUUGAGGAAACCCGGGAACUUGUUGGCCGCUAUAUCAAUGCCGAUACUUCUUCAAUCGCCUUUACACGUGACACGACCGAAGCCUUGGGCUGUUUCAUUCGUGGCCUUAAGUUUGAGCCAGGCGACAACGUUGUCAUCCUGGACUCAGAGCACCCUAACCAUGCCUACGGCUGGAUGGCUUUGCGUACAGCUGGCCUUGAAGUCAGACAAAUACCUACGAUACCGGAGUCUGAAAGGACAGGAAGGGUCACUGCUGCGAACGCGUCGACGUUUCUUCCGUAUGUUGACAAGCGCACCCGUGCGAUUGGCAUCAGUUCUGUUAUGUUCCACAGCGGCCAGUGGAACGAUGUUGCCGACAUCUGCAAGACAUAUAGACCCCAUGGUAUUCAUGUUCUCGCCGACUUGACGCAGCAAGUCGGCUUCGCAGAAGUCGAUGUCAAGUCGUUAGGCGUAUCGGCAGCAGCUUUCAGCCUUCACAAAGGCCUCAACUGCCCUGUGGGUUUCGCAGUUCUUUACGUCGACCCAGCGGUGAUUAUGGAAACAGAUCCUACUCCCCCCAUUGUUGGGUAUGGAGCCGUCAGCAACGUCCGCGCCGACCUCUUGGUCCCAGACGAACCUCUCAUUUACCAUCCCACCGCCCGUAGGUACGAGCACUUGAACCUCAACUUAAUUGCUGCUACGUCAGCGAAGGCAUUUCUGAACUUCUAUCUCAAUUCCAUGGGCCCAAAGCGUGUUCAAGAGCACCUGUACAGACUUGGAGAUGUCUUGCGUGAGGAAUGCGAUAGCCUCGGUGUCAAGAUUGUGGGGCCAGUCAGUCGGACAGAGCAUGCCCCUCAUCUCUACGUUCUAGACCUUCAUGACCCACGAUGGAUGGAGCUGCUUAAGGAGAACCAAAUACUUGUGACAAUGUACCGCUUAGGAGUCAGGGUGUCUUUUGGUUUUUUUAACAACUUCGAGGAUGUAAGGAAGCUCGCAGUUGUGUUAAAAUCCGGUAUUGAAUCAGGACUGCCAAUCUAG